GGAAAUUUCUUCAAAUACUGUUCAUCAAACUAAGUUGAGUCCAUUGAAUAAGUAAGGACAAUACGUGCUCUUCGGUAUUGAAUCUAGGAUAGUGCUAAAAUUGGUGUAGUUUUGCUACAUUUACGUGUUACCUUUCCGGCACAUGUUUGGCAAAGCAACCUGCUAUCGGCCAUUUAAAAAACCCUCGUGUUGGAAGUGACGCGAGCGAAUGCCUACAUUUUAGGUGGCUCGCAUUUUGUAGGUAGUUUUCGGGUUACUGUGAAGAAUACUUCGACCUGUUGAGGAUCUUUGAUAAGGAAGGUGCGCGGCGAUUAAAGAAGCUCUCCGGCAGCGGCGUGGCAAAAGUUUUGCGGUGACAUACAGUUACCCCUCGUGUAUCCUUCAUCGCACACCCGCUUUAUACUCUGAAACAAACCAUUCACCAUGCCGCAGAACGAGUAUAUUGAGCGGCACAUCAAGCUGCACGGUCGCCGGCUUGAUUAUGAGGAACGCAAGCGUAAGCGCGAGGCUCGCGAGCCGAAGAAGCGCGCCGCGAUGGCUCGCAAGUUGCGCGGCAUUAAGGCCAAGCUGUUCCAGAAGCAGCGCCGCAACGAAAAGAUUCAGAUGAAAAAGAAAAUCCAGGCCCACGAAGAAAAGAAGGUGAAGAAGACGACCGAGAAGGUGGAAGAUGGUGCGAUCCCGCCCUACCUGAUGGACCGUGGCAUACAGUCCAGCGCUAAGGUGCUGUCGAACAUGAUCAAACAGAAGCGCAAGGAGAAGGCGGGCAAAUGGGAUGUACCGAUUCCCAAGGUGCGCGCUCAAUCCGACGCCGAGGUGUUCAAGGUGAUCCGGAGCGGUCGAACGAGGCGGAAAGCAUGGAAGCGAAUGGUCACCAAGGUGACUUACGUCGGCGAAAACUUCACCCGUAAACCGCCAAAGUACGAACGGUUUAUUCGACCGAUGGCGCUGCGAUUUAACAAAGCUCACGUAACACACCCGGAGUUGAAGGCUACCUUCCACCUGCCGAUCAUUGGAGUGAAAAAGAACCCAUCCUCUCCGAUGUACACAAGUUUGGGCGUGAUCACCAAGGGUACGGUGAUCGAAGUGAAUAUCUCCGAGCUUGGUCUGGUGACGCAGUCUGGCAAGGUUGUUUGGGGCAAGUACGCCCAGGUGACGAACAAUCCGGAAAAUGAUGGUUGCAUCAAUGCGGUGUUGUUGGUUUAGUGUGGGAAGGGAAAGAAAAAACGGUGGUUGUCGCAAUGAUUAUCAGUCGGGAUUAAUCAUCACUAAUUCUCACCGGAAGAAGUAUUUAGGUUUUAAUAUACUUUUCUAAGCUAGGUGUAUUGCAUUAGACGCGACAUACCGUUAUAAAUUGAGGAUGAGAGGGGAGGGGAAUACUAUACAAGGUUUUUUGUACCAAAAAGAAAGUCGAAGAAAAGGACAUCCACAUUCUAGCCAUGUGCUAGGAGCAUGAUAUUCACCAUGGUCAACUUAUUUUGAUGAACAAGUAGCAUGAUUUUUCCUCGUGGAAAUUCAACUGAACGUGGCGA